AUGUAUUACUCAUCGGAAAUUGGUGCUUUUAUAAAAGAAAUUGAUGAUAAAAUUCUUCAAUAUUCCACAGCUUUGCAGGGAAAUUUGACCUUAAAUGAAGAUUGCUCUCAUGAUUUUCAAUCCUGGUGUCAAAUGCACAACCUCAUGCCUGGUUACGCUUACUCGGCAUUUAAGUAUGGAGAAUUCCAUCCCAUCAUCCAAAAUCUGUCAAUCUUUAAAAUAAGGUGUUGGCUAGUAUCUCGGAUUAUUUUCGAAGCCAAUAAUGUUUGCAACGAAAUCGGAAAGGAGUGGCAAAAUCAAGGGAUCACUUUAAAGUUUUGGCUGAAUAAAAUCUUGAGCUCUAUUGCCAGGUAUCUAAAUGAUCCUUUACUGACGCAAGGAUUUGUUCAACCUAACUACGAAUACGAAGACAUGGACGAUUUUACAAACUAUAUGCAGCCAGAUUAUCCUAAAUCGGAAAGUACCAGCACAAUGGAUAUUAUAAUGGGUUCCGAGCCUAUCGCCGAUAUGGAUGAAUUAUCUGUUUGCAGAUUUACAAUUAUGAUUAAAUUGUCGUUGAUGUACCUACGAUUGCUUGAAACCAUGCCGCGCAAUAUAUCCGAAAAUUUGGCUAAUUAUCAGCAGGGUCUGCAAGAACAUGAAGUCACAGCUAUAAUGAGCGAUAUUGAAGUGAUGCCAAGAUUGAUUGAAGAGCUGCUCCCAAAAAUUGAUGAACUGUACAUGGAGAUGUUAGAUGUCUAUGAUUUAAAAAGUCACGAAGAAAUUUGGAUCAAGCUCAAACAAUGGAAGCGAAAUACUCGGAACAUUGAGUCAGCAUCGGCCUUAUUUUCUCUAAAACCGGUUAUGCAGGAGCUAAUUGAAAUAAAAAAUAGUAUGAUUAAUAGGCUGCGAUACGAUGCGGAUAUAAUGCAAAUUGCUGAUGAAACUAUCAAUAUGCUGCAAGUCUUUCAAAAUCGGCUGUUGCCAGUUCAAGAUCUCAUAAACAAAAUAUCAAUGAUAAGGAUUGAAAUCUGUGAUCUGCAUAAUAAUUUACUUUCCAAAUCGUUUUUCGUUAUAAUUCAUUGCUAUCGCGCCCCUAAAUCCAACGGAAAUAUUAAAUGUCAUUUGGUGUUACGAUGUGUUGCAAAAUAUCUUUUACGCUGUAUAUAUUGCUCAUACAAUGAUCAAUAUCUUAUUUAG